UGCUUUGCAACAUGGCGGCGCCCAUCUGAGCAGUGCAAGGGUCUCCCCCACCGCCUCCACUGCUCCGCGCGUUCCGUUCGGCCGCGCUGCUGCCUCGCCUGGAGCCCGGUGGGGGCGGGGGGCCUCAUGUCUCUGUGUCGCUGCGUGGGGUCGCGGCUGCUCCUGCAGGUGCCGCUGCGGCUCCGCGUCCCGGGCCCCCGCGCCGCGCUGCACGUCUCCUCGCCCCGGGGCGACUCCAGAGUCCAGCAGCUGCAGCGAAUGCUGGCCAAGCACAGAAAGAAGCACUGGUUUCAGUCGCGUUUUAAGCCGGAGGUCUUCCAGGGGUCCCUGGACUCGGGCCCCAACUGGUUGGGAGGGACGUCGCUGGGGCCCCGCAAACGGGCCAGGGGCGAGGACAGCCUGCGUUCCCGCACGGUGAGCAGCCUGCUGAUGCGCUACAUCGUAGACCUGAUGAGCACGUCCGAGGUGGGGCCCGAGGUGUGCCACCUGCCCAUGGAGAUCGUCAAGGUGAAGAUAACCCCGGACUUCAGCGCGUGCCGCGUGUACUGGCGUGGCCUGGGCAGCACGGAGCAGGACGAGGGCACAGCGCAGACGCUGCAGCGCUACGCCAAGCGCCUGCGGCACCUGCUCAUCAGCUACCAGCUCAUCGGGAAUGUGCCGCCGAUCGUGUUCGUGCGGGACAAGGAGUACGCGGCCGUGGCAGAGGUGGAACAUUUGCUGGCGUGCAUUGGUGUUCACGGCGGUGAGGAAUUGGAGCUGGAGGCCCCGGUGGACCCUGUUAUCGCGGGGGACCCUGCCACCGCGGGCCCCGGUGACCAAGCAGAGGCGUGGGGGCCCCCCCUCCCGGCCGACGUGUUUGGGGUGGACCGCGCCGCCAUGCUGCGGCAGAUCGCCGGCUACAAGAAGCGCGAGCGGCCCAGCGCCGUGGCCGAGCCCGUGGGGGACGAGUGGGACCGGCUGCAGCGGCAGCAGCUGCGGAGGCUCAAGCAGAAGAUGCAGGCGAAGAAGAAGGAGAGACGCGAGGACGACGACGACGUCACGCCCGCCGCGUACCUGGCCCAGCGGCUCCAACGCGACGAGGCGAUGCGCAGGCGGCAGCAGGCCGAGUGGCACAGCGACGAGCUCGAGGAUGGUGACGACAGCGAUUAUCAUGGAGUUAAAGAUCGGUAGCUUCGAGACAAUGGACUUGACAAAUGUUCGUUUUUUAUAUUGAAGGAUAGAAUGGUGGCACUUUAUGAAUGUGCAUUGAAUGUUGUAAUGCCGGCCAUGUUAAUGCAAUUCAUCGCUGUCUUCUCUUAAACAUAACAAAUAGGGUUUAUUUACAAUUUGCUUCAUUACCGUGCCAUAUACUUAACGAGCAUUAUCAGCCAGCACCUUCUACAUCUUAACAGAGUCGAUUGGAUAAUUGGUCUAAAUAAAUGUUUUUUUAUUGACCGAUAGUUCAGCUUCACAGAUGUCAUUGUAAGCAAAUAGCUUAUACAUAAGCACAAUAGAAAAAUAAACGUGCGAGGGAGUUUGUUUUCAGAUUGAAAAGUAAUAAGUAUAACCCGUAAAAACUAAGUUUUUCACUAUAAAUCCUUUAUAUGCGUGGCGGCUAGAGUCCUCUCGUCCUCUGGCUUGAGAUGCCUGCCACCUAUGGGUCAGAUGAUUGCAUUGCACCAUUAAGCAAUUGGUAAUUAAAUAUAUUUUUGUCCUAAAAAGUGUAAAAUUUUGGAAAAAAAUUUUCACGAACAUUAAUUGUCACGCACAACGAGUCUGGAAAAUGUCAGCUCGAUUGGAUCAUGGGAAGUGGGUUAAAAAACGGCCGAAAGAUUUGCACGGUCCUAAGCAAGCAAGAGAACUUAAUAUAACGGAUUUUAAAAUGAAAAAGCAUCCGUGUGCAAUCACGCAGAUUGUUUUUCCAAGUAAAAUAUGUAUAAAAAGACAUCCCGGAGAUGCUCUUAACUUUGGCGAGUCAAGCCGCGUUCGAGUCCAAAUGUAAAGGAACCGGUCACAGGGUUUCCUCGUUUAAACAAAUGGAAAUUAUCCCAAUGGUUGAACACUUUUAACGAAUAAAAGAUGCAAACCACCAAACAAAGUGA